UACACCCCUUUGUCUUAACCCCAGAGGAGAGAGAAAACAACACUGACUUCACCAGUAGUUCACCACUUCAUCUCCCACUCUUUCUCUCUCUUCAACAAACUUUUCUCGAGUUUCUCAACAAUGGCGGAUUCACAAAACCAUGCACAUUUCCUCAAUCCAUGGGUUCUUCAUCUUCAGAAACUAGGCCUUGAAUUAAAAUGCUCUCUCUGUUUGAAGGUAUAUAAUAAGCCGACUUUGCUACCAUGUGACCACAUCUUCUGCAGUUGUUGUGUACCCAAAUCGAAUUUAUUUGGGUUAGAGUGCCCCCUUUGCAAAAUACCCUAUGUCGAACAAGAUUUGAGGCAAGCUCCGUUGGUAGAAAACGUAGCGAACAUCUACAAGAGUUUGGAUGCUUCUUUCUCUAUGCAUAUGCUUAAUUCAGAUGUUAGAAAAGGUUUUGUGCAAUGUUCUUUGCCAGCCAAAUCAAGAUUUCCCAAUCAAAUAGCCAAGAGAUCAAUGGAUUCGUCUCAAUCGGGGAACUCAGCUAUUGGGGCAUGUGACAAUGUGGAGCAGCAUGAAGCUGUGUAUGUGGACAUGAACCAGAUAGAGUUGUCCCCAGGCAGCUCUCCAUCCUCCGGUGCUAGCAAGGGUGUCGAUAAUGAUAGUCGUGAUCCAGGAUGCAGUGAAGAUAUUGCAGGGAGAUGCCCAUCAAAGAAAUUUGCCAAGAGAACUGCUGAUGAUUUUGGCACUCAGGGAUCUGAUGAAGGCCAUGAUCUAUACAGCAAGAAACAAAAGCAACAAAGUCAAGUUUUGUCGGAGAUUCUCCAAGGUUGUACAACAUCAGUAGCUGCGAAUAUGCAGAAUUCUGCUUCUACUGACUCUGGCAUUGAUAAUGGGAAUAAUUUUGGCAACCAAGUACUUGAACACGACACUGCAAGUUUACUUAACUUCGUAUGUGCUUUCUGCCAUACUUGGAAAACAACAGAGGGUAGUGGACAGAUGCAGCAUUUUGCUAAUGGGAGAGAAGUUUUUGGCAGCGAUGCUGGUCGCUCUAACGUCAUACAUGUGCAUCAAAGCUGCAUAGAGUGGGCACCUCAGAUUUAUUAUGAGAAUGAUACUACAAUGAAAAAUUUGGAUAAAGAACUCGCAAGAGCUGGAAAACUUAAGUGCACCACUUGUGGGCUCAAGGGAGCUGCCCUUGGCUGUUAUGCAAAAUCCUGCCGAAGAAGCUAUCAUGUUACUUGUGCAUAUGAGAUUGCAGAAUGCAGAUGGGAUAUGACUGAUUUUUUAAUGCUCUGUCCCCAUCAUGCGUCACAAAAGUUCCCAAGUGAGAAAGUCAGAAAGCCUGCUGUUAAGAAGUGUUCAUCAGCUGAAGUACACUUGGUUUCCAGCUCUAAUGAGCAGAAAAAGUUGCACGACUUAGAUUUUUGGGCAACAUCACCUACCGGGGCUAAAAAUUGGGUUCUGUGUGGAUCUUCCCUUUCUGCAGAUGAAAAGUAUAUGUUGGUCAAAUUCGCAAACUUGUGUGGAGCAACUGUGACAAAGGCCUGGAAUCCAAAUGUUACUCAUGUGAUUGCAGCAACAGAUGCAAAUGGUGCUUGCAGUAGGACAUUGAAAGUUCUUAUGGCAAUUCUUUGUGGGAGAUGGAUACUUAAAACUGAUUGGAUCGAAGCAUGCAUGAAAUCAAAAUGUCCCAUAGAUGAAGAACCUUAUGAAAUUAGCCUUGAUAAUCAUGACUGUUCUGAUGGCCCAAAAACUGGCAGGCUCAGGGUUUUGAAUAAUGCACCAAAGCUUUUCAGCAGCUUGAAAUUCUUUUUCAACGGCAACUUUGUGGCAGCAUACAAACAUGACCUUCAAAAUCUGAUUAGAGCUGCGGGAGGUACCAUCCUUGAGAGCGAACAACCACUACAAUAUUCGGACAAUGAAACAUGUCAUCCGUCAACCACAAUAGUUGUUUACAAUGGUGAUUCAAUAGAAGUUAACGAGGUCUUGAAUGCGGAAAAAUUGGCUUCUGAAAGUGGCUCUCAAGUGAUUGCUCAUACAUGGAUCUUGGAUUCAAUUGCUUCAGGUGCAUUGAAGCCCUUUAUCCAUUAAUAAAGAAAAAAUAGUAAGUAAAUUUUUGUAAUAAGGUUUAGUAACAUAUUUGUUAGACUAGUUAUGAAUGGAGCUUCCAAGGGAUGAGGAUUCUAUGUCCUCGCAUUUAGAACUACAGCAUUGUAAGUCACAAAUUUGGUCACUGUUAAUUUAAGUAAUUGUUAUCACGUUGAAAAAAAAAAAAAGGAGAUUGCCAAUAAAUUCCGAUGGGCAUUAUAGUAAAUCAUCAUUUUACAA